AUGCUGCAGGGCCCCGGGCUGAGGGCCCCUGCUUCCGCAGGGGGCCCCCAGCCUCUCUGGAGAGAAGCUGUGGACACAGUGCUGCCGGUUGCGUUGGAAGAGGAGGCUGGCCCCACAGCAGCAGCAGCAGCAGCAGCAGCAGCAGCAGCACAGAGCAGCAGCAGCAGCGGCGGCGGCGGGCGCUGCAGCUUCUGCUGCGCUGCUCUCGGCUGGGGCGCAGUCUCUGGUUUGCUGCUGCUGCUGAUGUGUGCAUGUUUGCUGCUGCACUUCGCCGUCUCUGUGGCGGGCCAGGAAGGUGGGAAGCAGCAGCUCUCUCAAUAA